CACUACUACUUCAAUAAACUAUACACACUAUCGAUCAUCCCCCGCUUUGAUUCCCUCCUCACACCAGAGACUACAGAGAACUAUAUACCCUCCCUUAGAAUUCACAAGAUUUAUUACAUCAUGGAAGAAACCGGGCUGCCAGCUGGAUGGGAGGUUCGCCACUCCAACUCCAAGAACCUGCCUUACUACUUCAACCCGAGCACCAAGGAGUCCCGGUGGGAGCCACCAGCCGACACGGACACGGAGAAACUGAAGCUGUAUAUGGCCAAUCAUCACAGUGGGCCUGCAGGACACGGCGUGGGUCAGGGUGAGGGGAAGAUCCGCUGCAGCCACCUUCUAGUGAAGCAUCGGGAUAGCAGGCGGCCUAGCAGCUGGAGAGAGGCCGAAAUCACUCGGUCGAAAGAGGAGGCGAUCGAGAUCCUCCGCGGCCACGAGGCGCGCAUCCAGUCGGGAGAAGCUACCUUGGGCGACAUCGCCUCGUCAGAGUCGGACUGCAGCAGUGCCCGCAAGCAUGGAGACCUUGGUUUCUUUGGACGGGGUGAGAUGCAGAAGGAGUUCGAGGAUGCAGCCUUUGCGCUGCAACCCGGGCAGGUCAGCGGCAUUGUGCAGACCGCGUCUGGAGUUCACCUUAUCGAACGGGUUCAGUAAAGCCUAGGGUCCUAGCUACUACAAGAGUUGGAGGAAGUCAUAUACCGCGAAUUAUAACACCGGAUGAUCCUUCUCUUGCAUUUAUUUUGAUGGUGCAAUCUGUAUUGCCACAGAGUCAUUAAAGCGAUGUUUGAAUGAAAAACUAUGGCCUUGGAGACUAGAUGCUGAGAUACGAGACCGGGGCAACGAUCUCUGCUACACUGUCUUUCCCAGUAAC